AUGGGCCCUAAGCGUGGUGGUGUCUGUAGAGGGACUAGGCAAUCGUCCCGACAUAAGGGACAGGAUCCCCAGCUCGGGCAGGAGGAAGUUCCUGUUCCUGCACCGGUACCUGAACUGGUAGAGCAGUCUGUUGUUGGAGGCCCGUCAGGAGCCGUACCUGCUGUGCCUACUAUGCAGGGAGAUCCCAACUUCCAGCAGACUUUGGAGUUGCUGACUCAGGCUUUAGCUAGGACUGGGCAGCCCAGAGAUCCCUCAUUGGGAUAUGCUGAUCAAGCUAAGAGGAUUGGGGCCACUGAUUUUGAUGGUGAUGGUAACCCAGCAGUUGCUGAGGAAUGGAUAGAAAGGAUGGAGCGGAUCAUGGAGGUCAUGGUUGUUCCACAGAACUGCAGGGUUACUCUGGCUACCUUCUUCUGGAUCAGAAAUACCAGACAUUGGUGGGAUUCGGUUAAGAUGAGAUAUCGGGAUCCUUUAGCCAUUACGUGGCAAGUAUUCAGAGCCGCAUUUGACAGUCAAUACUAUCUACAAGCCUACCAGAAUGUGAAGAUGCAAGAGUUUUUACAGCUGGAGCAGGGGAUAAUGAUAGUAUUAGAGUAUGAGCAAAGGUUUAAUGAUCUGUCUAAGUAUUGUCUUCCACUGGUGGAGGAUGAAAUCAAGAAGUGUCAACUUUUCACUAUGGGGUUAAAGGCUUCCAUUCGAGAUAUCGUGAUCAGUCAGCGGUUGACUAACUUUGGUGAUGUGGCGGUCCUAGUCAGGGAUCAUCCAAGAGAGGCAGUUACAGUUCUGGAUCAUCUAGUGGCCACAGCUACGGAGGAUACUGACCUGGCUUUAGUUCCAGUAGAGGUUCCAACCAGAAUGGCAGUUCUGGAAACCGCUCCGGGGGAAGUACAGCUAGAGGUACUGGGAGACAGUUGCUGUCAGCAUCUGGCAGGAGGAGUCGCCGCCAAUGUGCCAAGUGUGAAUAGAGAGACCACAGCUGCAUCGACUCUGGGGACAGGUAUGCAGGGUAGAUCAGAGGAGAUACCACAGUUUGUGGAGGCUUCGUCCAGUGGUGGAGCCCAGACCAGUGUAGCUAGCCGAGGUAGCAGUCAGCAAAGGGGACGUGGUGGACGUUCCAGGGCCACAGGCAGAGUGUAUAACAUGUCCCAGCAGGAAGCACAUGCAUCACCUGAUGAAAUUACAGGAUAUAUAGCGCAUGUAAUUGAUACCAGAGAUAAUGGGCUAAGAUUGGAAGAUAUUCCAGUCGUACAGGAAUUUCCAGAUGUAUUCCCCGAGGAUCUUCCUGGAUUACCUCCUCAUCGGGAGAUCGAGUUUAUUAUGGAGCUUGCUCCAGGAAUGAACCCUAUUUCUCAGGCACCGUACAGAAUGGCGCCAGCAGAGUUGAGGGAGUUAAAGACUCAGUUGCAGGAGCUGGUAGAUAAGGGUUUCAUCCGACCUAGCUUUUCUCAUUGGGGCGCUCCAGUGUUAUUUGUUAAGAAGAAGGAUGACACCAUGAGGUUAUGCAUUGACUACAAGCAGUUGAACAAGAUCACAUUAUGGGUUAGAGAAGAGGAUGUGCCUAAAACAGCAUUUCGAAUGAGGUAUGGGCACUAUAAGUUCCUGGUGAUGCCAUUUGGAUUAACUAAUGCGCCAGCUGCAUUUAUGGACCUCAUGAACAGAGUGUUUCGACGUUAUUUAGAUCGCUUUGUGAUUGUGUUCAUAGAUGACAUUCUGGUGUAUUCGAAGAGUCAGACGGCACAUAUGAAGCACUUAAACAUUGUGUUGAGGACUCUGAGAAGGAGGCAACUUUAUGCCAAAUUCAGCAAGUGUCAGUUUUGGUUAGACAGAGUUAGUUUCUUGGGGCAUGUGAUCUCUGCAGAGGACAAUUAUGUUGAUCCCCAAAAGAUUGAAGCAGUAGUGAAUUGGCUACGACCAACCAGUGUUACUGAGAUACGGAGUUUUCUGGGGUUAGCCAGGUAUUACCGUCGCUUCGUGGAUGGGUUCUCCACCAUAGCGGCACCUCUCACCUAUUUGACAAGGAAAAGAGUUAGGUUUGCGUGGUCAGAUAAGUGUGAGGAGAGUUUCAACAAACUCAAGAUCAGGCUGACCACUGCUUCGGUUUUAGCACUUCCGGAUGAUAGUGGGAACUUCGUUAUCUACAGUGAUGCAUCUCAACAAGGACUUGGGUGUGUGCUGAUGCAGCAUGGUAGGAUGAUCGCUUAUGCUUCUAGACAACUUAAGAAGCAUGAGUUGAAUUAUCCUGUUUAUGAUUUGGAACUUGCUGCAGUAGUUUUUGCCUUAAAGAUUUGGUGGCAUUAUCUUUACGGGGAAACAUGCCAGAUCUUUACAGAUUACAAAAGUUUAAAGUAUUUAUUCAUCUAG